UGCCCAUUGGAAGAUUCACGUUGCUCACAGUUGCGUGUGAUUUUUUAGGGGUUUUUCAAGUGUAUGGGUAGAUGUAUCAUGCGUUAGUGCUUGUGUGGCGUACAACUCACAGACAAGAUGGCACAACCUGUCCCUGAGCAUAUUAACUUUCCUGCAGAGGAGGAAAAGAUUGGUGAACUGUGGGAGUCUUUAGAUGCAUUCCAGACCUCUUUUAAAUUAUCGAAAGGAAAACCAAGAUACACAUUUUAUGAUGGCCCGCCAUUUGCCACUGGCCUUCCCCAUUAUGGUCACAUUUUAGCCGGAACCAUAAAGGACAUAGUGACCCGAUGGGCUCACCAGAGUGGCUAUUACGUGGAGCGGAGGUUUGGCUGGGAUUGUCAUGGCCUGCCUGUGGAGUACGAGAUAGACAAGAAAUUGGGUAUAACGGGACCAGCUGACGUGGCCAAGAUGGGCGUGGACAAGUACAAUGCUGAGUGUCGGAAAAUUGUCAUGAGAUAUUCCUCUGACUGGGAGAAAAUAGUGACCAGACUAGGACGAUGGAUUGACUUCAAGCAUGAUUACAAAACCAUGUACCCAUGGUUUAUGGAGACCAUCUGGUGGAUUUUCAAACAGAUGUAUGAAAAGGGCCUUGUUUAUCGAGGUUUUAAGGUGAUGCCUUUCUCCACUGCCUGUAACACUCCACUUUCCAAUUUUGAGUCUGGUCAAAACUACAAAGAUGUGGUGGACCCAGCUGUUAUUGUGAACUUUCCUUUGGAGGAGGAUCCAGGUGUGUCAGUCAUCGCAUGGACUACGACCCCUUGGACUCUGCCAAGUAACCUUGCCCUUUGUGUACAUCCUGAUCUAGAGUAUGUCAAGGUCAAAGAUAAUGAAACAAAUAAUGUUUACAUCAUGAUGGAAGCAAGAUUGGAGGCUUUGUUCAAAACACCUGAAGAAUACACCAUGCUUGAAAAGUUUAAGGGUAUCACACUUAAAGGGAAGAGGUACAAACCGCUGUUUGAGUACUUUACCUGGAUGAAGUCUCGUGGAGCGUUCCAGGUGCUAACAGAUGGCUAUGUCACCGCAGAGAGUGGUACAGGUGUGGUCCACCAGGCACCAUACUUUGGAGAGGAUGACAACCGUGUUUGCCUGAACCAUGGAAUCAUCACCAAAGACAUGGCCAUGAUCUGCCCUGUGGAUGCCAGUGGGAAGUUCACGGACGAGGUCACAGAUUUCAGGGGUUUACAUGUCAAGGAUGCUGACAAGCACAUCACAAAGAAAUUGAAAGAGAGAGGCAGGCUGGUGCACCAGGGCACCACCAAACAUAGUUACCCAUUCUGCUGGAGAUCUGACACCCCGCUAAUCUACAAGGCUGUUCCCAGCUGGUUUGUCAGAGUGGAGCAAGCCACGAGCCUGUUACUGGAGAACAACCAGAAAACUUACUGGGUUCCAGAAGUGGUGAAAGACAAGCGCUUUGCUAACUGGCUGCGGGAUGCGCGUGACUGGGCCGUGUCUCGUAACAGAUACUGGGGCACCCCGAUCCCGUUGUGGAUCAGUGAUGACGGGGAAGAGGUGGUCUGUGUUGGUUCUAUAGAGGAACUUCAGAAGCUGACAGGAAAGGCAGACAUUAAGGAUCUGCACAGAGAAAGUGUGGAUGGGCUGACUAUUCCAUCAAGGAUGGGUAAAGGUGAGCUAAAGAGGGUGACAGAGGUGUUUGACUGCUGGUUUGAGAGCGGCAGCAUGCCCUAUGCUCAGGCCCACUACCCAUUCGAGAACAAGAAGGAGUUCGAGGACAGCUUCCCUGCAGAUUUCAUCGCUGAGGGCGUUGAUCAAACCAGAGGAUGGUUCUACACCCUUCUGGUUGUCUCAACUCUGCUGUUUGGUAAACCCCCUUUCAAGAACCUCAUUGUGAACGGGCUUGUGCUAGCAGCAGACGGUACAAAGAUGAGCAAACGGAAGAAGAACUACCCAGACCCUAUGAGUGUGGUGGAUGAUUUUGGAGCUGAUGCUCUAAGGCUUUACCUGAUCAACUCGCCUGUGGUCAGAGCAGAGAGCCUGAAGUUUAAGAGGGAUGGUGUUCGUGAUGUGCUGAAGGAUGUCUUCCUGCCCUGGUACAACGCCUACAGAUUCCUGAUGCAAAAUGUGGAGCGGUUAGAGCGGGAGGAUGACAUCCAACUGAGAUAUAAUGAGGCAAAGUUGACUGUCUCCAGGAACUACAUGGACAGGUGGAUUCUGUCCUUCACACAAUCCCUCGUCAAGUUUGUUAAGCAGGAAAUGGCAGCUUAUCGUCUGUACACAGUUGUGCCAAGACUGGUAAGAUUUGUGGACCAGCUUACCAACUGGUAUGUCAGAAUGAACAGGAAGAGACUGAAGGGUGAUGGUGGUGCUGAGGAUUGUCAGGCAGCUCUGGAGACACUCUUCUCGGUCCUCUUCACCAUGAUCAGAGUGAUGGCCCCUUUCAUCCCGUUCCUCACAGAGCACAUGUAUCAGAACUUAAGGCACCUGGUGGACAGUGAGGCCACCAAAGGACAGGACUACAGAAGCAUCCACUUCCUGCUGCUCCCAGAGGCCAAGGAGACCCUUAUCAACACAGAAACUGAAAGUGCGGUGGCUUUGAUGCAAACAGUUAUUGAGCUUGGAAGAGUUGUGCGUGACAGGAAAACAUUGCCUGUCAAGUAUCCCUUGAAGGAGAUUGUUGUUAUCCAUCAAGAUGAACAGGCUGUCAACAACAUUAAAUCACUCUCUUCAUACAUACUAGAGGAACUAAAUGUGAGGAAGGUGACAGUCACAACUGACAAGGUCAAACACAACAUCCGCCUUAAAGCUGAGCCUGACUACAAAAUACUUGGGACUAAACUCAAGGCAGAUUUCAAGAAGAUCAUGGAGUCCAAAGUCAUCUCAAAUCUGACCAAUGAGGAGCUGCUGAACUUCCAGCAGACUGGGGAAAUAACAGUUGGAGGUCAUGUGCUUGUGGAGGGUGACCUCAAGCUGGUGUAUACAUUUGACACUUCAGGCGGGGAUGCCACUGCACAGUUUGAGGCUCAUGGAGAGGGGGAUCUGAUCAUCCUGCUUGAUGUCACCCCAGACCAGUCCAUGCUGGAUGAGGGAAUUGCCCGGGAAGUCAUCAACCGCAUCCAGAAACUGAGGAAAAAGGCUCAGCUGAUGCCAGCAGAUGAUAUCACUGUGUAUUACAAGACGUCUGAGAAUUUAGCAAAGAUUAUCCGUGACCAUGGUGACUUCAUCUUUUCAACCAUCAAACAACCUCUUGAACCUUACCCUGUUCCCAGUGACUCACAGACCAUCGUCCAGGAAGCUGAGAUCAAGGUGAAGAAUGAUCUGUUGGACAUGACUAUUGUGAAGGGGCAUGCAGGAGAGAAUAAGCCGUCAGCAUCAGCAUCAGCAUCUAGGCCGGCUGCUCGGCUAGCUCCAGCACCCGUUGUCAGUGGGGUGAUACCAAACUGUAAAUUUGUCAACAUCGAGCUGGUUGGCUUGAACCCAGGAGAGGGCGCCACAGGCACCCAAGGAACAUUACUCUUAGAAAACCCUCAGGGAGAUUUUCUGCUCACCUCUGAUUUGGUGAUAAUCCAGGCUGCCUCGCUGUUUGGUCUGAGAGGGAAACGCCUGCGUUUGUUCACAGACUGCGCAUUGAACUCAGAAAUAGUUUCUGAGGACCUGUUGUCUCUCCACUCUAGGACUUUGUAUCUCACGUCUGACUCCAAGGAAGGUUCAGCUUCUACUAGUAACCUGAAGUCGCCUGUCUGCCAUUUUGUAAAUGUGGAACUUGUGUCUGGAACACCUCAGCAAGGGGCCAGAAGUAGAAAGGGCUGUCUUUUACUAGAUAGUCCUCGUGGAGAUAGUGUCUCGUAUUGCCAGCUUCUGUCUCAGGUCAGAACUGUCUUUGGAUUAAAUGGAAAGAAGAUAAAUCUAAGUCGAUCGAAAGACAAGAAAGACGCGUUGUCGCCAAAGGAUGAUCUACUUAGUUUACACUCUACAACAGUUUAUGUUCUGUAAAUCCCAAUGUUUGUAACGUGUGGCAGUCAAGCAAAGAAUAGUGCUGGUUAUGUUCACAAAAGUUUUGCAAUAAAACAAAAAUUAAGUGACUUUGAAUUCAUGUAUUUGUAACCCGGGUGAUGAAUCUAGUGGAACUCUUCAGUGGAAGUAAAUGAUCAACGCCGACUCAAAUCUCCAGGACAUACAGCAAAUGCCUGCAAGUAGGAAUUUAUUACGUUAAACAAAACCCUAGGUGAAGCAUACCGUACAGUACGUCGGCCGGACGGUGGGUGUAGACCUGGUGCUACAGUUACGCUUCCAUAAUUAACAACUUGACCUAAUGUAGUAACAAUACGUGUUGAUAUGUUGAUCUUCCAUAACUAUGAUGGUGUGCUUUAUGUCUUAACAGUAUGGCACUGUCGAUCUUCCAUAGUGUACAUUUCGGCUCGAAUCCUACAUGAUCGCUUAACUGUUUUACAUAGGGGAAUUGCCGUUACAUUAACAAACGCCGUACUGUUACACCAGGGAUUGAGAUAGGCGUCUCUUAAUCCAGAUUUUUGUUGGGUUUUAUGUUACUGCUAGUCUUUCGUAGUUACAAAGUUAUUCCAUGAAUUCACUUAUCAUAUCAAUUGAUAACCGUUCACUUGAAUUUUUCAGCGAAUUUAUUUGAGUUCGUGAAAAAAUCAACCUAGAACUCUAGAUAUCUGUUCCGAACGGGCUACCAUACAUUUAAGCUGCUCGAUUACGCUUGAAUGACUAUAACAAACUCAAAGAGCUGCAUUUCCGCCUGUUAACUGCAGGAAAACAUUAUUUUCAUGUAUGAAUUAACUGACAAGUGUUUCCACAAAAUGCUAAAUAUAAUAAGAAAAGCGCGCUCGAUAGCACACGAUUACAUGUGACUAACUUUAAUUAUAGAUCAAACGUACAAUUGUACUACAAGUCACAUUUACCUAAGUGCUAUAUAUUUGUCGCUAUGUGAUAUCCCUGGUUACAAACAAUGUGGGUGAAGAAAUUCGUCCCGCAAAUUGUUAUAUAGGAAAAUCCCUAUAUUUAAAUCGAUGUAUUCGUUGGAUUUGUGUUAUUUUCAGCUUUCCAGAUAGUCAAGGUGUUUUUGCUGAACUCGCGUAAUAUUUUUUGUACAACCUGAGGCUUACUGAUCACUGAAGGAGUAGAAAAAAAUAGGGUGUUGUGUCCCGUCAUUAACAAGCUGUGUGUACGUCCGAUACCCUGGAGUGUAAUUUAUACCAUGGAUUCCAUGGAAAGCAUAAUUUUCGUGUGCAUGCUUAUAAAGGUCAAGCAAAGACACUCACAAAACUUUAUAUGCGGCUUUCUUGUUUUGUUUUCUUUUGACCUUGACGCUGGUGCUUUUGUUUAUAAAAGCCAAACCUGAGAAAGACAUUCUCAAGGUGUAAAAGUCCUUCCAGUGUGACCCUUAAUUGCUAUAUGAUCUCCAAUUGUUAACCCAGUUUCCCGACCCCGUAACUGUUUUGACUUCAAAAUAUUUUGAAACUUUCUGAGAGAACUAUUGAAAACUUGCAUCUCUAGUGACACAAACAAAUCAUUUUUAGCAUUAUUUUCAUAAUAAUUCUAUGCAUAGAUUUCUCUGGAAACAGUGCUUUUGGGGUAGAAAGGUUGAAGAUUUAGAGUAUACACGCCAUUCUUAUUUUAUAUCUCACGGACUCCAUAUCGGACAAAGACUAUAUCCUGUCAAGCAAAUUUUAAACCCUGUUUUCUCUCACCGGAAUGCUGGCUGCUGUCAUAUGACUCCAAUAUUCUUGAGUACAGCGUAA